GUGAUAUAGAAUGGAUUACAAAUAUCCCACCCAAUGUGGAUUUGAAAUUAAAAGAAUACGUGUUCCCCGAACACUUAGCAUAUGUGGAGCUAGUAUACAAUUCUGGAUCUAAUAAUGCAACAGUGAGGACUCGUAAGCCACUGGAUGUUGAUUCUAUUGAGAGCGACCAUCUCUUUUAUACUGUGGUUUGCAAAAGGCUUGAAACGACUAAUGAGAUAGAGAAUGCACGGGACUUGGCCUUAGAAGACGUAAAUGACAAUUCUCCACACUUUAAAGAACGUCACUAUAAUGCUUCAGUAUCAGAGGUAUCUGCAAUAAAUUUCACAGUUAAAAAAGUGGAAGCUCUGGAUAAAGAUUUUUCACCUUUCUGGAGCCUCGUUACUUACAGUCUUUGGGGUCCAAACUCUGAUUACUUUUAUAUAAGGGAAGGAGAUGGAACUAUCAUGGUGAAUAAAACAUUGGAUUACAACAAGAUCAACCUUUUCAAUUUAACAGUCCAAGCAAAGGAAAAAUUUGGAAACAACAGGGAUACUGCAUCAUUACUGAUUAAUGUACAAGAUUAUGAUACACUGAACCCCUAUUUCAGUCAAUCAGUGUACAAUGGAAAAAUCCGUGAAAACCAGGUGGGUCCUCUGGCUGUUCUCCCAGAGAAGAUAUUGGCUAAAGAUGGAGACACUGGUAUAAAUGAAAAAGUAGUUUACAGCAUCAAACUAGUGAAACCCCCGGCCUAUAGCAAUACCUUUUCAAUCAAUGCAGACACUGGAGUGCUGGAAGUAAAGACUGCAGUUGACAGAGAAGAAUGUUCUUCUCUUGUUGUGGGCAUUCAGGCAACUCAGCAAGACAAUGUUUUCAAAACAGCUGAUGCAGUAGUGCUGGUUACUAUUGAAGAUGAGAAUGACAACCUUCCGGUAUUGUCACAAUCAAGUUACAAUGUCUCAAUUCUAGAAAAUUUCCCAAAUGGGAUGGAAGUUCUUCGAGUAACAGCUAUUGACAAAGAUGAGGGAGGCUUCCAGGGAACAUUCACUCUCACGCCAGCUGACAGUCCCUUCCAGCUAAGCCAAGCUGGGAUCCUAACUGUGAGGAACUCCACGCUGUUGGAUAGGGAGAGAAUACCAUCUAUUCACCUACAGGUCACCGCUAGAGAUCAUUUGUCACCUUUCAGUGAGGUACCCUCUACAAUCAACAUACUGUUGCUAGAUGAAAAUGACAACAGCCCAACCUUUAGAGGCACGCCAUAUAAACAAGAUAUUUUCCUCAACAUGACUGCAGGAAUGUCCGUUCUUCAGGUUGCUGCUGAUGAUCCGGAUGAUGGUAUAAAUGGAGAGAUAAGCUUUAUCUUAGCUGGUGGCAAUGAAGAUGGAUACUUUGAAUUGGAUACAUCCACAGGACAAAUCAGUUUAAAAACAGUAAUCCCAUUAGGAGUCAACCAGCUUAGGAACUUUGUCUUGUGGAUAACAGCUAUUGAUGGUGGGACGACUCCAAGAAGUUCAUCAGUGCCAGUACAAAUCUUUGCAGUUGGAGAUUCCAGACCACAGUUUAUUCAGAAAACAUAUAACGUGUCUGUGGAAGAAGAGCUAGUCAGUCCUGUUGAAGUAGCAAGAGUAGAGUAUAAGUCUUUAAAUCCCCAUAUACCAGUUACGUUUCGAGUACUGACGGAAUCUGCUACAUUUGACAUCGAUGUCAAUGGAAUCAUCUCGACAAAAACCAAACUGGACUAUGAAUCCCAGAAUAAUUAUAUCCUACAUAUUUCCUUGUCGGAUGGAAAUGCUACUGACUAUGCUGCAGUGUUUAUCAAAGUUACAGAUGUCAAUGAUAACAGUCCUGUGUUUGGCAUAACCAGCACUACCAUUACCAUUCUGGAGGACGUACCAGCUGGAACUAGUAUUACCAGAGUGUCUGCUACGGAUGUGGAUGAGGGCUUUAAUGGAUUAGUGGUUUAUAGUCUGAAAGGUGGACAAGGAAAAAUAGAUAUUGACACCUCAGGAUUAAUUUUGCUGGAAGAGAAAUUGGACAGAGAAACACAAGGCUUCUAUAACUUAACAGUGAUUGCCAGUGACCAAGGCCAACCCGUGCUGUCUACAGCUCUCAAUUUGACAGUCAUCAUUGACGAUGUGAAUGACAACCCUCCAGUCUUCUCAUCAAGUAGAUAUGAAGUGAGUGUCCCUGAAGACGAAGUGCUUGGAAGGGCACUGCUGACAGUAUCUGCUACUGAUUUGGAUGCUGGGGCCAAUGCUCUCGUGAAGUACAGAAUCGUUAGCCAGCAACCUCCAACCUCCUCGCCGGUGUUUCUUGUCGAUUUGACCACAGGCCAGCUCAGCCUGAGCCAGCAGCUGGAUUAUGAAACCAUAAAGCGAUUUGAAGUAGAAGUGGAGGCAUCGGAUGGAGGGCAGCCAAGUCGCAGUGCUAAAACACUUGUUGUUGUGCAUGUACUAGAUGUCAACGAUAACCCACCAGAAUUUAAUCAGGCAGCUUAUGAAAUAUUUGUGUUCGAAAACCUACAAAAGGGUAGUCCCAUCUACACAUUCAGUGUUACUGACAAGGACGAGGCUGGCUUUUCUCAGGGACACUUUAUUCAUAACAGUACUUUGUUUACUGUGGAUAUGCCUGGAAUACUUUCAUUAAGGAAUGACACAGAACUGGACAGGGAGACUACAUCUGGAUUCACUUUACAAGUAUGGGCAGUCGAUGAUGAAACGAAUGGGCUUAAUUCAAGUGCCUUGUUCCACAUCACUGUUCUGGAUGUCAAUGAUCAUAACCCUGAGUUUCAGAUGCAGCCAUACAGUUUUGCAGUUCUGGAAGCAGAUUACAUGUUAGGUGCUCCUGCUAGAGUUGGACAUGUGACUGCUACUGAUUUGGAUGAGGGAGAGAAUGCACGAAUUACUUAUUACUUAUCAGCUGAGGAUGGGGAUAAUCCAUAUAGCAUCCAACAGGAUGGAACCAUUUCGGUUAAUGGCUAUGUAGACCGAGAAACUAAAGAGAAGUAUGAGCUGCUGUUGGUGGCAUCUGAUAACGGAGUACCUCAAAGGCAGAAUUUCACAUAUGUCAGCAUUCAAGUAUUAGAUGUGAACGAUAACCCUCCUCAGUUUACGAAAGCACAAUACUCGGCCAAUGUACGUGUAGCAACAGCAAAAGAAGGACUGUCUGUACUAUCCGUGUCUGCUAUUGACCUUGACAUUGGGAACAAUUCUGUUAUUUCAUACAGCCUCAUGAACCAUUUGGAUGAUUUCCGUAUAAAUAACCACACCGGAGAAAUCACCCUCAGCAAUAACUUGGAACAUAUCAAAGCUGACACAGUUGUUCCACUGAUAGUUAUUGCUGCUGAUCAUGGAGUUCCUCAGCUUAUAUCAAAUGUCUCUGUUACUCUCUACUUGCUGGUAAACGACGUGAGCUUCGGACUGACUUUUGAUAGCUCCAGCUAUGAGUUCAGCAUUCAAGAAGCUGAACCAGGUGGGACUGCUAUUGGCUCUGUGAAGGCUCUGACUGGAAGCAUAGCCGUACAAGUAGUGUACUCUCUGAAGUCGCAUGGUGACAAGUUCUCUAUUAGUGACCAAGGAGACAUUGUGGCUCUUGCCAGGCUAGAUCGAGAAGAAAAUGACCUAUACAGCAUCAUCGUAGAAGCUGUUGAUUCUGUGGUGCCACCCAAUACAGCUGUUGCUUUGGUAACUGUGAGAGUAAACGACAUCAACGACAAUCCUCCAGUUUUCUCAACAUUGAUUCAAACUAACCUAUCAGCUUCUGAGAAUGCAGCUAGUCUAGACUUGGGCGUAUUUUCUGCUACUGAUCUGGAUAUAGGAGUUAAUGCACUUAUAAGCUACUCUCUGCAAGACGAUUUUGCUGGAGUGUUCCAUAUUAACAGUUCUACUGGCAAGCUGAUGGCAAAAAAAUCCUUAGACAGAGAGAUGAUGGAGAGUUAUGAAUUGAAAAUAAUAGCCACUGAUUCUGGCAAACCGUCGCAAUCUGCAAGCUUAGUUCUGAGCAUCACCGUAGAAGAUGCGAAUGACAACCCACCAGUGUUCCCCCAGAAAUCAUACUCCGUGACCGUAAAAGAGAAUGAGCCUCCACAUGUGAUUUUGAGUGCAGCAGCCACAGAUGAAGAUAUAGGGUACAAUGCCAUUAUUCAUUAUGCCAUAAUUGGAGAUACUUCUUCAUUUCAUGUUGGAGAACUUUCUGGAAAUAUUACAACUCUUCAACCUCUGGACUAUGAGAGUCGUUCCCAGUAUACAUUUAUUCUGAAAGCUUUCAAUCCUGGAGACCCCUAUCUUCAGGACACUGCAAACAUUACAGUUACCGUGGAAGAUGCUAAUGAAGAAGGACCCAUAUUUGACAUGCCCUCAUAUUACCAGAUCCUUCUAGACAAUUCUACAGCUGGCACACUGGUAGUAGAUAUCAAUGCAACAGAUGAAGGCAAGGGUUAUGAUGAAGGCAUUUUCUACAAUAUUUCAGGAAACUCAGAAGGCCUCUUCAGUCUUUCCAGUAGCACAGGAGAACUCAGGUUAACAAGAGACUUACGCAAACAGACUGUUCCCCUGCAUUACUCCUUGACGGUCACUGCUACGGAUUUGGGUCUGCCACCUCUUUCAACUUCUGUAAAGGUGUCAAUCGUGAUAGCUCCCAUGAACAUUUCAUUCCCGGUGUUCUCUGAAGCAGUCUAUAAGCCUGCCCCUCUGAGUGAGAAGACGCUGCCCGAUACAUUUGUUGUACAGAUCAGUGUGUUGUAUAAGGUCCCUGUGAUAUACAGUAUUGUAUCUGGAGAUGGAAAGGGGUAUUUCAUUAUCAAUUCAUCCACUGGUGUUGUAAGAACAAGAAAGAAUUUGAAACCGGAAGAUUUUCCAGUCACUUUCAAUGUGCAAGCAACAGAUUCAUCUAAUCCUGGCAUAUUUAGUGACGUUUCUGUGAAUGUGGAAGUUAUUGAUGAAAAUGAUUUCCCUCCGGUUUUUCCAUCUUCUCUGCUAGAAAAAAGAUUGGAAGAGAAUUUACCUGCUACUCAGAUCGUCCAGCUGAAAGCUCAGGAUAGCGACACAGGUAGAAAUGGUUUCCUAACAUAUGGCAUUCUCAGUGGAGACGGACCAAAAUUCAGGAUAGAUGAAGCAACUGGAAUUCUUUAUUCCACUGCCUCCUUUGAUUAUGAAGAGGAACCUACAGAGUAUCAGGUUGUGAUAUAUGCUGAAGAUGAUGGAAUCCCUGAGAAGAAAAGAGGUUACUGCACAGUUGUCAUAAAGAUCACUGAUGUUAAUGACUGGCCACCUGUCUUUGAUCCAGUGACUGAAUUCAGGGUAAAUGAAAAUGCGCCUGUGGGAUUAAUAGUUGGAAAACUCACAGCAACGGACAGAGACACAGGAGACAAUGCCUUUGUUCUAUAUAGCCUUACAGGUGAUGGAGGAAAUAUAUUUGAAAUAGAUGAGAUACGUGGUAACAUUAAGAUAAAGAACUCUCCAGACUAUGAAACCAUGAAUAAUUACAGCCUUACAGUGAAUGCAGUCAACAAUAAAUCUGCCCCUUUCCUUCAGGCAACUACUCAUGUCACUGUUCUAGUGAUUGAUGUGAAUGAUAACGCUCCAGUAUUUGCUCAGAAUUCCUAUUCCGCUUCUGUCAACAUGAUUAAUCCUGUAGGUGCUCAUGUCAUAACUGUGAGCGCUACCGACAAGGAUCAGGGACAAAAUGGCCUUAUUGAAUACUACAUCCUCCCUGAUCAAGAAUUCAGCCCAUUCUUCCUGAUAGAAGAUACAAGUGAGGGGAAAAUAAUUACAACAGGAAACCUGUCUAGAUCUGGAGAGAUCCAUUUAACAGUGAUGGCUAAGGACAAAGGCUCUCCAUCUUUAAAUGACACUGCUGUGAUUACUCUUAAUGUGUUUGACAACCGUCCAUUUGUUCCACAGUUUAACGAGAGCGAAAUGAGCACUUCCGUUUUGGAAAACACAGGAGUGGAUUAUUUAAUUUACACUUUUACUGUGGUCGAAACUUUAGGAAAACUGAUUGAUUAUACAGUCAUAUCUGGCAAUGAAAAAGGUCAUUUUAGAUUGGAUCCGAAAAGUGGUCAGCUGAGAACAGCAAUUAAUUUGAACUAUGAGGAAGUUUCUCAGUAUGUGAUUUUAGUUGAAGCAAAUGAAAAUCUCUCAUCUGUCGCGGAAGUCCAGCGUUCAGGUCUGUUUGCUCAAAAUGUGGCAAUGCUGACAAUCUCAGUGCAGGAUGUAAAUGAAGAGCCAGCAUUUUUGAGUAACGCCUACUCUGCUCGGAUACCGAACUCUGUGCCGUACAAGUACCCGGUUAUUAGAGUCCAGGCCACAGAUCCAGAUUCAGGAGACAACGGACUUCUGCUGUACAGCCUAGUGAAUAAUCAAACGAAGGAAUUUGACAUCGAUGAAAACACAGGGCAGAUUUUUACAGUUUCUGUAGCAGGAAAGGAUGGAACAUUUUAUCUGGAAGUCCAAGCUGCAGACCAAGGCACAAGAAGACUCACAGCCCGGACAACAGUCAGCGUAACCGUUGAUUCCAGUUCCAGUAACAACAUCGUGGUGGUGGUACUUAAUCAGAAGAUCAAUGUUGUUGAAAGAAACGUUGCUGAAGUAAAAAGGGUCCUGGAAAAUAAACUCGCCUGGAAUGUGUACAUUGUUGACAUUUUUUCCAAUGAGUUUGAAAGAAAAGCAAGAAGCAGCACUGAUGUAACCUAUGUAAAAAUUAUUGCUUUUGAUGAGGCAAACCGGGAAGUAUCUGCAGAAGAUGUAAAAAGAAAACUUAGGGAGCAGAAGAGCAACAUUGAGAUAGAACUGGAGAAAAUAUUUUCAACGUCUGUUACUGCUGCCAUAGAAGAGGUUCCGGCAGACUCAGCAACUCCUGAACUCAUUGCCACGAUCGUGCUCAGCGUUCUGCUAGCCUGCACCCUCAUAGCCAUCCUCGUAUAUGCACUCUUUACUUUAAGAAGGAAAAGAAAGCAUAAGCAACACUAUUUGGUUAAGAAGCAAGCUGAAAUUACGGAGGGUAUUGAUAAUCCCUGUGCCACUGACACAAAUGGAAGUCUGAAAAGCUUGAAGAAACUAGAGCACACAAAUAAUGUGAAAACUGAAAUAAUAGCGUUUAGCAACAUGGAAGACAUCAAAGGAGGUGAUGCUGACAAAGACGUAAUUCAGGCUGAUGAAAAAUGCAAUUACCUUGAGACACUACUGUUAGAUUACAACGGCGAACACAAAGAAAAUGGAGCAUCUGAAAAAGCCGCCGAAUAUAGAAAUGCAGAUGCCCAGCCCACUGCAGAAUUCACAACAAAACAGGAUUGCGUUCUGACAGAUACAAAUCACAAGUCAGCUCUGUCCUUAACACCUGGUCCCACAACGCCUGCCCCUGACAAAGAACUGAAAGGAGUAAAAUUUUCGGAAGUGGCAAUUAUUUUGGACGCCGAGUCUGAAGCUGAUGAGCCUGACGAUAACGAUCUAUUUUUUUCAUC